AUGCCUGGAGUUCCACCGGACGCCAUGGACCAGGUGAAGAAGGCCUUCAAGGGCCUCUUCAGCAAGAAGAAGGCCAAGAAGGAGGAGCCCACGCCGACUGCUGCUACCGAACAGCCCUCGGCCAGCGACUCGAAGCCGAGCGAAACGACACCCGCAGCGCCAGCACCAGCCACGGCUCCUGAGCCCGCCCAGAGCGAGGCUGCCCCGGCAUCGACGGGCACCGCGCCCGCUGCUCAGCCCGCAGCGGCGCCAGCACCGAGCGAGCCCAACAGGGACGAGGCCGCGGCCUUGGCUGAGGUCAAGCAGGCCACGCAGACCCCUGAGCCUGCUGGUGCCGUUGCCCCUGCUCCCCCGACGGCUGUCUCUGCGCAGACGCCCGCCACCGACGCCCCCGUCGACACCGAGGCGAGCCCCACUGCUCCCGCACCUGCCUCGCAGCCCCCUGCGCCGGCGCCUUCAGCCGACCUGCCCGCCAUCCCCGCGACCAAGCCUGCGCCUGGCAUGUCUGCUACGAGCGGCCCUUUGGAUGAGCCUGACUUUGCCGUUGAGCCCAAGGCCGAGGCCGCCCCUGCCCCUGCCACGGCUGCGGCGUCUGCCACCAGUGCACCGGCGCCUGCGGACAAGUAA